AUGUCAAUUAUGUCAAAUAAUAAAAAAUUGUGACGCUCAGUUUUCAGUUUCGACUAUUUAUUUUAUUGAAUAAAAGAAAUAUAUAAAACUACUUUAAUACGUAAGUCAAAAUGAACGCACCACCGACAUUCGAAUCAUUCCUUUUGUAUGAUGGAGAGAAGAAGGUUCAAAAAGAAGAAGACACAAAAGUGACCAAUGCAGCCAUAUUUACUGUGAACAAGGAGGAUCAUACUCUUGGAAACAUGAUUAGGCAUCAACUGCUAAAGGAUCCUAAAGUACUGUUCGCCGGGUACAAGGUGCCUCAUCCUCUUGAACACAAGUUUGUGCUGCGCAUUCAGACAACGUCAGAUUACACCCCACAAGAAGCUUUCAUGAAUGCUAUCACUGACUUAACCUCUGAACUGUCAUUGUUUGAAGAAAGAUUCAAGGAAGCAAUAAAGGAGAAGAAAGAAGGAUUAGAUUAAUUAGCUGUAUGAAUACUUUAGACUUAAGAGAGCUAUUGUAAGUAAGUGUAAGAAUAAAUAAUGAAAUAUGUA